AAUAUACUUGCCUAUACUGGUCGCCAUAGAACUUACUAUAAAUUACCCGAAAUAUUAGAUGUAAUUUGGCUCAUGAUGUUAAAUUUGAAUGGCAGAUAACAGAUGGCUGGAAGCAAGAACAUUUUAAUAAUUAUCUUUAAUGCCUACUCCAAGGAUUAGUUUUGUUAUCAGCCUAUCAAUUAACCUGUCGCUGUCAAGAUGAGUGUCAAUACAGCAGCUGUUGCAGAUCUUUUUAAUUUACUCGAAUCCAAUAAACUUGGGGAGGUUGAAGAAAUAAAGCAAGUAUUCCACGAACACUUCUUGUCUACAAAAGAUAGCUGGCUCGUCAAUGGUUUAUUGGACUAUUAUCUUUCAACAAAUUCUUCACGUAUUGUGGAAGUAUUAGCAGGUGUACGCGAGCCCCAUGAUAAACAUUUGUUAGAUAGAUUGGCAGAAGUUAUUUGUAAGACUGGAAAUAAUAAACAAAAAAUUAAAGGGCUUACUUUGCUCGGUCAUAUCGCUCGUAAACAACCGACCUGGUUAUACAAACUUGCUAAUCAUACUUUGUUUCGAGAUUUGUUAAAAUUGCUCAAGGUGGAAACAGAUACAUUAUCGCUUAUGAGUGCACUUCUUUUAUUGGUCAUGUUGCUACCGAUGUUACCUGUCGCAUUAGGACCAUAUUUGCAAGAAAUAUUUGAAGUAUUCGGCCAUCUGGUUUUUUAUUAUUAUCAACAGUCUUUGACGCUCUCUCAUCCUAGACAUACAACAUCAAAUAUGGUACUUAGCAGUAUUGACAUAGAUCAUCUUUAUCUGUUACAUUUACAGGUGGGAUUAUACAGUUUAUUUCACAGACUAUAUGCUAUGUAUCCUUGCAAUUUCAUCUCAUAUCUUAAACAACAGUGUUUUCAACGUGAUCAAAUGUCUACUUUUUCUCAUACUAUUAAACCAAUGUUAGAUUCUGUGCGUAUGCAUCCCUUUCUUGUUACAGCAUCUAAGGAUACUGAAAUUUCUGCCACGAGAUGGAAAAAAAUGGAACAUCAUGAUAUUAUAGCAGAGUGCGAUCGUUUCACGUUAGACAAAUGUAGAGAGGAAGUAUUUGGAGUUACGAAUUCUCGAUUUACACCACCUUUAGUAUUUAUAGAUCAUUCUUCCAAUUUUGUACCACUAAAUAUCAGUGGAGGAUUGACUACCACCGAGAUAAGUAACGGAGAUGAGGAAACAUUUUGGUCUCCUAGUAUGACUGUUCCACCACACAGUCCAUCAUUCCAAAGUACAUCUCACGAAGUUCGUUCGACUCCUUCAACACCUAAUACUAAUAGAAGUGGUACAUCUCCACCGGAAGCUGCUGUUGAAGCUACACCAGAAACGACACCUGUUAAGGAUGUUCGUAAGCUAUCAACAAGGCAACCUCCAGUUGGAUCUGCUGCUGUUCGUGCUCUCAGUAUUUUGAGCAAUGGUGCAGUAACCCAAACGUCACGACCUUCUACGCCUAUUCCUUUAAAUCCUUCUGUAUCAAAUAUUACAUACUCUGGAAUAAAUUCUAGCGAUACUGGAACUACCGUGCCAGGAUUUCUUUCGCAAAAGAUCAGUAGAUUAAUUGCUGAUAGACAAAAUGCUGCUAAUCAAUCAAUGAAAUUAACAACCAUUGAGGACGAUAGUGGUGUUACGGAAACUGAUAUAACUCAAAAUUGCAAGAACGAUUCAUGGCAAGAAGAUCAAGAGGUUUUGGAAAUUGUAAGCUUUCAAAAUAGUAGCAGUCUUGAAAUUCAAAAAAGUAGGGAACAAAAAGCGGAUUUCCAAGCUGAGAAAUUACACGGUACUAUAGCAGAUUUGUCUCAAAAAGUUCAACAGCUUCGUUUUUAUUCUCAAUGUCAACAGCCGAUACAACAUAUUAAUAAGAAUUUAAAUAAGUUGAGAAGAACCAGAUCAUGUUCGGAUAUGAAAAUGCAAAAACGGAUGGAUAAUAACGAAGGAAAAGAAACAAAUUUCAUUAAAAAGUUCGAAGAAAGUGGGACUCAAACGAAUAGCUUAUAUCAAUACGAGUACUUGCUGUUAGGAAUCUUAGAUCAGAAAGAACAAACGUCCGAACAAAAAACUAUUCAACAAAAUUCGGAAUUGAGAGUAUCGCCAACCACUAUGCUUGAUCGUUACGUUGAUAUUUGUGCACGUGCAAGUAGUUUUUCUAACGACAACAACAAAGCACGUAGAAAUUCAACAAAAAUAAAGAUUGCAGAAGAUAGUACAGAAGAUGAUGCGGGAGAGGAAGAUAAUUUAGAUACGGAUCACGUAAAUCAAUUGUUGCAGCUAAUGCAAAUGCAAUUGCAAUUUGAACGGCAGCGAAGAGAAGUGCACGCUGAACGUAACAGAAGACUUCUUGGUAAAUUAAGAGAUUCACGAGCAUUGGAAGAGCACAAUAAUGCAUUAACUGAUCGGUUUAGAAUGUUAGAAAGAGAGGUGGAAAAUUUAAAAAUUGAAUUAGAUAAAAGUAAAAGGGAUAACCGAGAAGCUGAUGAACGAUAUAAAGAUGUAUUACAUCAUUGGCAAACUAAGUGUGUAGAAGGGGAACGACAAAAUCAAAUUUUAAAAGAUCGAAAUGAAUCACUCAAAUUAGAACUAAAAGAGGAACAGAAAAAGGUAGCUGUAUGUGAACAAGAAACACGUUCUGCGGAGGCUGCAUUGUUUGACGCAGGACACCAACUUAAAGAAGCAUUAAAGGCAGCUAAUCGUACGAAAGAUUUGGAGAAUAAUCUCGAUAUUGUACAAAAGAAACUUCUUCUUUUAGGAGAAGCACAAUCGAAAUGGCAAGAAAACAUAGGAGCACGGUCGCCUAUUGUCAAUCAAGAAGCAACACAGAUACAACAUACAUAUGCAGAUGAAAUAGCAAAUCUACGACGGCAAUUAGAAUCCCGUACUUCUCAAAUAGAAGUUUUAAGAGUACGUUUAGCUGAAUUAGAAAAUAAAGAAAAUCGUAAAGAAGCACAACUGGUAGAAAUUCAACGUUCUCUGUUAGAAACUAAAGAUCAACAUGAAACCGAAUUAAAUGCAGUUGAAUCUAAAUAUAAGGCACAAUUGGAAAUAAAUCUUUUAUUAGAAAGUCGUAUACUCGAACUUCAUGGUAAAAUCGAGAAUUUAACUUACGGAGCUAGUACCAGUACUGGAAAUCUUCCAUCUUCUGCAUCUCCUAAAGAACGUACUCCUCCUUUAUCAGUCAGUUUAGCUUCGUCAAGCGAAGGCAGCCUUGCUUUUAUUCACUCCAGCACUGGGAUUAUGAAUGAUUGCUGUGAUUCUGCAGGUGAAAUUCCGAAUCUGCAAGCUAUUGUUGAACCUAUCCCAAGUAAUCAAGUUACUUCACCAUCUCGCUCAAAUCAACAACGACAAUUUCCAAAGCAAGAUUAACAUAUUAUUGAAAUAAUUCUCUAUUAAACAGGCCUUUGUUUCGCAUCAUUGCAAGUUAUGUCUGGUGCUGUGCUGAUCAUUAAUCAGAGGAAAGGUUAUUUGUAGCUUUUUAUUACUAGAUUAGUUGUAAUUUACUAAAUCUUGUUAUUACGCGAUUGCCAUUUAUAAGUAAAGAGACAUGUUACUUAAUCGAGUUAUUAAUAAUGGUCAACCUUUACUGUUCACAAACGAAGCAAGAAUAAAAGGUUCAGAUAUUUUAUGAAAA